AUGGCACACGUGGCAGCCGCUCAGCAAAUUGCCGCCACGCAGACCGCCGGCAUGGGAUUUGGCGGAAUGGGCGGUUUCGGCGGCAUGGGGGGGAUGGGGGGGAUGGGCGGAAUGAGUGGUAUGAGCGCGAUGCUGGAUCCCGCGAUGCUGGCGCAGCAGGUGGCGGCGGCGCAGCAGACCGCCGCGGCGAUCACCGCAGCCGCGCAGGAGCAGCAUCUCAUUCCGCCUGCGCCCGCUGCGCAAUACGACGCGGGGGGGUUUGAGUCGUACCAGCAGCAGCACACCCCGCAACCGCUGGCGCCCGCGCAACCUUCCGCGCCGAUGAACCCGGAGCUUGCGCAGCAGCUGCAGGAGGCGCAACAGAAGGCAGCGGCGGCGUUAGCCGCCGCAGCGCAGGGGAUCCUUCCGCCGAGCCUCACUGGGGGAGCGCCCGGGGGGGGCGCGGAAGGCGCGGGGCUGCUGUCGCAGCCGGCGGGGACGCCGGCGCCAUCGCUGGCGCAGCUGACGCGGCCGGCGCGGCGGCUGUACGUGGGGAACGUGGCGCCGCAAGUGACGGACAACGAGCUGCUGGAGUUCGUGAACGCGUCCAUGGCGUCGAUUGACGCCGCGGAGGACGGCCGCAAGCCCUGCAUCGCCGUCACGUCGAACAAGGAGAAGGGGUUCGCAUUCGCGGAGUUUGAGAAGCCCGAGGACGCUACAUCCGCGCUACAGCUGGACGGCAUCGUGCUGCACGGCGUGGGGCUCAAGAUCCGCCGCCCCAAGGACUACAACCCCAUGCACGCCGUGAACGCGAAUGCCAUAGCUCUCGGGGGAGGGGGCGUGCCCAGGCCGGUGGCAGCGGCAGCAAAGGAGGUGAUCACCAACGUUGUGCCGGACGGGCCGAAUAAGGGAGGGCCGAGAGUGGCAGCUGCAGCGAAGGAGGUGAUCACCAACGUUGUGCCGGACGGGCCCAAUAAGUUGUUCAUAGGCGGCAUUCCCCCAUCGCUAACAGAUGAAAAGAUUCGGGAGGUGCUGUCAGCUUUUGGGCAGCUGAGGGCGUUCCGCCGGGAGCUGGAUCUCAACGCCAAGCCCCCCUGCGCAUUCGCAUUCGCUGAGUACAUGGAUCCGAGUGUGACGAGUGCAGCACAGGCAGGGCUGAACGGGCUGCCUCUGGGCCACCAGGCCAUCCUUACCGUCGUCAGAGCCACCCCCGACGCGCCCGAGGAGCCCCCUGCUGACGCCACGCCCACCUACUCCAUUCCCGAGGAGGCCAAACCGCUCAUGCAGACCCCAACACGCAUUCUGGAGAUCUGUAGCCUGAUGACAAAGAAGGAGCUCAAGGCGAUGAGCGAGGAGGAGUUUGAGGACCUAGAGGAGGACAUUCGCCUUGAGUGCAAGCGGUUUGGCACCGUGAAAUCGCUGCACAUUGUUCGACCGAAGGAUGUCACCAAUCCCGAUGAUAGCGGCAGUGACAGCGAUGAGGAGGAGGAGAAAGCAGAGGUGAAGGAAGAGGUGAAGGAGAAAUUGGAAGGGAUCAAAGAGGAGGAAGAGGAGGAGGGCAAGGAAGAGGGGAAAACGGAGGUCAAGGGCGAAGGGAAAGUGGAGGUGAAGGAGGAAGUGAAGGAGGUGAAGCAGGUAGAGGAGGAAGUGAAGGAAGAGAAGAAGGAAGGGGAGGAGAAAGAGGGAGAGCAGGGAGCAGCAGCAGGCGAUUCGGUUAAGGAAGUGAAAGAGGAAACCGGGGAACAGGAGAAGGAUGCUGAGAAGGCGGACGAUCAGGGUGGGGGUGAUGGGGAAAUGAAGGAGGGUAAGAAGGAGGAGGAGAGUAAGGAUGAGGAAAUGAAGGAGGCUGAUGCAGUGGUGGGUGAAGAGGCAGUGGAGGCUGCUGCGGAGAAGGUGGAAGGAGCAGCAGAGGGAGGUGCAGCAGCAGAAGGGGAGGAUGAUGAUGUGAAGGAGGUGGUUAAUGAUGAGCAGGGUGGAGAGGAGGGAGGAGCGAAGGAGGAGGGAGAGAAGGAGGGAGCAGAAAAGGAGGGAGGGGAUGAGGAGAUGAAAGAAGCAGAGGAGGAGGCUGAGGGCAAGGGUGAAGGGAAGGCAGAGGAGGGUGGGGAGGGCGCAGAUGCGGCAGGAGAGUCUGUGGUUGAGGAGGUUGAGGUGGCUCGAGCCGCGGAGGAGGGUGGGAAAGGCGCAGCAGGAGAGCCUGUGGUCGAAGUAGCUCGAGCAGAGGAGGAAGGUAGUGACUCGGAUAGUGAUGUGGUGGAGGUAGUGCCAGAGACACGAGGGGAGGUAGAGAAGGGAGAGGAGGAGAAGGGGGAGGAAGAAGUGGAGGAGGUGGAGGAGGUGGAAGGCGGUGUGCGUGCGUCUGAGAAGAGUGGUGAGGGGGAAGGACAGGCGUUGGAUGGGUUGGCAGAUAUUGCUGCUGCUGCCGCUGCUGAGACGGCAGGGGUCAAGGAGGAGGGAGGUGCUGAGGGAAAAGAAGCUGAGGGUGGGGGAGGGUUUGCCCUUGAUCUGAAUGUGACUGUAGAGGGGGAGGAGGACGGUGGGAAGGGUGGAGGUGGGGAGGGAGGGGCGAAGGAGGAGGCGGAAGGGGGGAAGGAAGAGGCGGAAGGGGCUAAGGAGGAGGUGUAUGAGACGGCCUCAGAGGAUGAAGGGGAGAAGGGAGAGGGAGGGGCGGAGGCUAAGGCGGAGGAGGGUGCAGAGGCAAAGGAGGGUGAAGGGAAGGAAGGGAGUGGGAAGGAGGGAGAGGGUGAGGGAAAGGAGGGAGCUACAGGAAAGGUGGAUGGCGAGGGAGAGACGGCAGGAAACACAGAGGCAGCGGAGGGCAAGCAGCAGGAGGUGGAAGUGGAGGAGGGAGUCACCUUCCCCGCGCCCUUCCGCCCCGCAAUCCUCGUCCCCCCAGGCACAGAUGUACCUCCCCCAGGUGUCGCCACCCCAGCUGCUACUCUUGCUGCGCCAGGUUCUAUCCGCUUCCCUGCCCCAUUUGCCCCUGGUGCUCCGCCCCCUGCCGCUGGCAAGGGGUUGCUGGGGCACCAGCCGGGCCAGGUGGGAAAACCAGGAGAAGCAGGUAAGCCAGGGCAACCGGGGGCUAUUGUGCUGGCUGGGUCUAAAGGGAUGGGGGAUUUGGUGGAUGCGGCGAGGAGGGGGGAGAGGGAGGUGGAGAAGUGGAGGGUUGGGCGGGCUUAUGUGGAGUUUUCAAGAGAGGAGAGUGCGAACCGGGCGGCGCAUAUGUUGCACGGAAGGGUGUAUGCUGGGAGGAAGGUGACAUGCUCGUUUGUGCCGCUGAGGGUGUAUCAGAAGAAGUUUAACAAGGGGUUGAAGCCGCGCACGCACGAGGAGAAACAGGAAGCUGCGUUGGCUGUGCAGGCGCAUCUGACGUCCCACUUACCUGACGACUUUUAG